AAAUCAUUGUCAUUUUAUAAAAAAUCCUCUCAGUUUGCAGUAUAUUUGUAAAUCUAAGUUAGAACAACACAAAUAAGAAGAAAUGGAUCUUCCAUUUGAGGUGUUGGUCUAUUUAAUGAAAUAUUUACCAAAAUCAGACAGAAAGGCUGCUAGUGAGAUAUGUCGCUCCUGGUACAUGGCUGCUAAUGACUACUGUUUCUUGAAGAACAAAGUAGUAAUAUUCUAUAAAUCAGUCUUGAAUGAUGAAGAAACCUCACCUUCCAAUAUUUUUGAAAAUUCAUCAACCAUAUUUUUUAAUUACUUAUUCAGUGAAGUUGAAAUACCAAAUAAGAUUAAUGCAUUUUGGGAUAAAUUAGGAGAAAACAUAAGAUGUUUAACUCUUAGGAACUGUGAUAUCAAUGAAAAGGUAUUUGUUUAUAUAUUGCAAAGAUGUUGCAAUCUCCAUUCACUAAACAUAGAAUGUUGUAAGGAAUUAUUUAUGUCAGGACGCCUGUUGGAAGGCAAGACAGAAGGACUUCUUGCGGAAAGUCUUAACAACUUAAAAGCCUUAAGUUUAUCUGGAAAUCAAUAUUUGACUGAUGCAUUAUUCAACAGAUUUAUUGUAGCAUCUCCAGCUUUAAUAGAAUUAAACUUGUCUGGUUGCUCUUUACAAUUUCAUCUUGGAUUGGUAAAAAAGUUUUAUCCUCCAGGAUCUGAUGUUUUUCAAAACCCAUCAGAAAGUGUUUUAACUUUUUACUUUGUUUUACAAUUAAUUAUAUCAAGAGCAGAACACAUGAAAAAGUUGUUUUUUUCCAACACCCUUAUAGAUGGAGCAGCAUUAAAAUCUCUAUCUGAAGUUGAAAAUUUGAGAUUAGAAAGCCUCGAAGUGAAUUCCUGUGAUCAGUUGACUAAUACUGGUAUAUUAGCAUUAACAAUUAAUCAAACUACUUUAAAAGAAUUAGAUAUUGGUUUAUGUACAAGAGUAACAGAUCAGUCACUUGUUUAUAUAUGUAAAAAUCUAGUCAAUCUAGAAUACUUCAAUAUUCAAAGGUGUCGAGCAGUCACAGAUUUGGGUAUUAUUGAAUUAAAUAAACUGAAGAAAUUAAAGUCAUUAAAUAUUUCGCAAUGUGAAUUAAUUACUAAAGAUGGCUUAGAAAAGGGAAUAUGUGCAGUAGAAAAUAAUAUAUUAGAAGAAUUAGAUGUCCAUUCUCUUAAUAUUGAUGAAAGUGCAGUCAUCAUGAUUUCAGAAAAAUUUCCUAAUUUACGUUCUUUAGAUGUAAGUUACUGUUUUAACGCUGUAACUGACACAUCAAUUCAAGUUAUUUUCAAAAACCAAAUAUAUCUUCAAACCUUGAAAAUGAGUCACUGUGACAAAGUUUCUGAUGCUGGAUUAACAGGAAUGGGUAAAGUGGAAGAAACUGGUGAUGAUGGCCCAAUAAUGUCUAAUUAUGAUGAAUCUGGAAACUCUCAAAAGAUACACUUAGGAUCUAGAGCAGAGGAGGAAAUUGUCAGAGAUGCAAGAAGGAAGCGUGAUGUCUUGUUAAUGUGUGCAAAACUGACAACUGAUACCUUCACAGGUUUCUCUCUAGCAAGGAUCAAAGGGUUGAAGGAACUUGAUAUUAGUAGUUGUAAUAGAAUCACAGAUGUAAGUCUUACCUAUGCAUUUAACUUCAAGGAACUCACUAAUUUAAAUCUGAGCCGAUGUCAACAAAUAACACAGGAGGGUAUUGGAUAUCUAGUCAAGAAUUGUCCCAGCAUAGAAUAUUUAAAUCUGAUUGAUUGUUACAAUUUAAAAGAUGAGGCUGUUGCAGAAAUAGUCAAGGGUCUUAAAAGACUACAGCAACUUGAAUUACGGGGAUGCAAUCAAGUAACAGAUAAAACACUAGAAGCAGUGCUGACAUAUUGCAAGAAACUCAAAUAUCUGGAUGUGCAAGGCUGUCGUAACAUAUCACCUGAGCUGGCUUGUCCUAUUGGAAGCUUACCAACACUGCACACAGUGUUAAUGUCUAAACCUGGACCUUACAUUUCAGAUGGUGUAAAAAACAGAUCACCAGCACCAACUUUUUUACCCGCUUUGAUGAGAAAACUGCGUUUACACUGAGAAGUUGAAACUGCCAGUCAAUUGUUUUGUUGUAUAAUAACAAAGCAUGAACAAAGUGUGAAUUCUUAACUUCAUGAAAAUCUAGUUCCAUAUCAAUAAAUAAUACUCAGUGUAAGAAAAAAAAAUAAGCCUUUAAAUUUGAUCUAAUACAGUUAGCUCUUGAACUUCAUCCAAAUAUUAAUUUAUUUAAUUUGGGUUUUCCCCUUCACUAACUCUAGGAACUAAUUUUGUCACCUAAAAAUUAAGAAAAUGUACUAUAUGUGACCGAGUACUAUUCAUUUAUAAAUAUGUAUAGUUUUAAAGAACAUAAACAUAUUUAAAUGAGACCAAAAUGGCACUACAAUCACCUGAAAUGAGCAAGGCACUGGGUCCACGCGACAUUACGAUAUAUUAUGCUGUUAAGACAAAAAAGGUCUAUGAAUUAGAAGCUAUGUCAUUACAUUUGAUUUCUGCCAAUGACAGGUUGUUAAAAUAAUUGCAUUUUAAAAAGGCACAAGUAGUCCCCGCCCCAACUUCCUUUGGCAACAGCCGCCAAUAGAGUGCACUAGUCUCUUUCACUCUCAUUCAUAAAGCAGAUCACAUCUCGCUUUCUAGCCUCUGUAAGUAAAUAAGUAAUCAAUAACUAUUUUUCAUUAAUUUCUUUUAAACUGUUAUUACGAAUGAAAUGACAAGUUUUUCUUGCCUCUUAUAGUUCCCGUGUAUUUUGUGUACUAUCUAAAACACACAUAGGCUUUUCUUCUGGAAAAACGUAAAAUAUUUACACGUUGUCGCCAAGUUAUAGCCGCGGCGAGAGAGAAUUUUAUACUUCAAUUAGAAAAAACCUUUGUAUAUUUCACGUGCCUUAUUUGGAUGGCAAAGAUCUCGAAAUCUUUGGUUCCACCAAGCAGAUCUGUACACUAUAGAUUAGGG